AUGGCAGGACCAACCCAAGAGCCAGGCCAGAUCCACUUCCCUUUUCCUUUCACACCAUAUCCGAUUCAAGAAAGCUUCAUGGCAGAGCUGUAUCGGGUCUUGGAGGCUGGCAAGAUCGGGAUAUUUGAGAGUCCAACUGGAACUGGAAAGUCCUUAAGUAUCAUCUGUGGGGCCCUCUCCUGGCUUCGGGACUUUGAGGCGAAAAAGAAGCAGGAAGAGGCCCGGCUCCUGGAGGCCGGAAACAGCCCACCAGACAACCACGGUGACCAGCCCUCUGGCCCAGAGACCUCGGCGGGGGAACUCGACUGGAUCACCCAAUUUGUGCAAAAGAAGGAAGAGAGGGAGUUGGCGGAGCGAUUGAAGGACGAGCAGUCCAGGAGGAAGAAGCGAGAGGAGCGCUUCUUCCAAAUCCGCCACAACGCCCAGCUCAGAUACGCGGCCAAGAGGGUGAGACAGGAAGAGGAUGAGACCGAACGCCUCCUCCGCCUCAGCAAGGAGAUGUUGGCGGCCAAGGGCGACGAGCUGCUGGAGCCUGGGGAGGAGGAUCUGAUCCUGGCUGAGUAUGAGAGCGACGAGGAGAAGAAAAGCGCCAGCAGCCUAGGGGAAGAGGACGAUGACGACCUGGAAGAACAGCAUGUGACCAAGAUCUACUACUGCAGCCGCACGCACUCUCAGCUGGCCCAGUUUGUCCACGAGGUGCAGAGGAGCCCCUUCGGCAAGGAGACUCGGCUCGUGUCACUCGGCUCCCGACAGAGCCUUUGUGUCAAUGAAGACGUGAGACGGCUGGGAUCUAUGCAGCUCAUCAACGACCGCUGCAUGGAACUGCAGAGGAAUAAACACGGGAGGAAGAACCCGGAGGAGGAGGAAAAGGAAGAGCAGGCAGAGGAGACGGGAAAAGCUAGGAAAAAAAGGAAACGGGAGAGCCGGGCCACCUGCCCCUUCUAUUCCUACGAGCAGAUGCAGUUGCUCCGUGAUGAAGUCCUAGUGGAGGUGAAGGAUAUCGAGCAGCUGGUGGUUCUGGGGCAAGAGAGCCACGCCUGCCCCUAUUACGGGAGCCGCUAUGCCAUCCCCGCUGCCCAGCUGGUGGUGCUGCCCUACCAGAUGCUGCUGCACUCAGCCACCCGACGGGCAGCGGGCAUCCAGCUGCAGGACCAGGUGGUCAUCAUCGACGAGGCCCACAACCUCAUUGAUACCAUCACUGCCAUCCACAGCGCCGAGGUCAACGGGGCCCAGCUGUGCCAGGCCUACUCUCAGCUGCUUCAGUACCUGGAACGAUACAGGAAGCGACUGAAAGCCAAAAACCUAAUGUACAUCAAGCAGAUCCUGUAUCUGCUGGAGAAGUUUGUGGCCGUGCUGGGGGGGAAUGUGAAGCAGAAUCCCAACACUCAGACCCUCUCACAGACAGGAACGGAGUUGAAGACCAUCAACGACUUUCUGUUCCAGAGCCAGAUUGACAACAUUAAUCUCUUCAAGGUGCAGCGGUACUGCGACAGGAGCAUGGUCAGCCGCAAGCUGUUUGGCUUCACCGAGCGGUACGGUGCAGUCUCUGUGGCCCCCUCCUCCUCGGAGCAACCCAAGCUGGCUGGCUUCCACCAUUUCCUGCAGAACCUGAAGUCCGGGCCCACGACUCCCCAGCCUACAGGAGCGGGUGAGAAUGGGCCGCCCAGGCCAGCCUCCCCACUGAUGCACAUCGAAGGCUUCCUCGCCGCCCUCACCACAGCCAACCAGGACGGCAGAAUCAUCCUGAGCCGUCAGAGCAGCCUGAGCCUGAGCAGUCUCAAGUUCCUGCUGCUGAACCCCGCCGUGCACUUCGCCCAGGUGGUGAGGGAAUGUCGGGCGGUGAUCAUCGCCGGGGGCACCAUGCAGCCGGUGGCUGACUUUCGGGAGCAGUUGCUGGCCUGUGCUGGAGUUGGCGCCGAGCGGGUGGUGGAGUUCGCUUGCGGUCACGUGAUCCCCCCGGACAACAUCCUGCCCCUCGUCCUCUGCAGCGGACCCUCCAACCAGCCUCUGGAGUUCACCUACCAGAAGCGAGAGCUGCCCCAGAUGAUGGACGAGACCGGCCGCAUCCUCUUCAACCUGUGCAACGUAGUGCCCGGGGGCAUCGUCUGCUUCUUCCCCUCAUAUGAGUACCAGCGCCAGGUGCAGGCCCGUUGGGAGCACAGCGGACUUCUGGCCCGACUGGGCAACAAGAAGAAAGUCUUUCAGGAGCCCAAGAAGGCAAGCCAGGUGGAGCAGGUGUUGGCUGACUAUUCCAAAUGCAUCCAGCACUGUAGUCAGCCUGGCAGUGCCAUGACCGGAGCCCUGCUCCUCUCCGUGGUGGGAGGGAAAAUGAGCGAAGGGAUCAACUUCUCCGAUGACCUGGGCCGGUGUGUAGUCAUGGUGGGCAUGCCCUACCCCAACAUCAAGUCUCCCGAACUGCAGGAAAAGAUGGCAUACUUGGACCAGAACCUGCCCCGAGGCCCAGGCCAGGCCCCAGGGAAAGCCCUGAUGGAGAACCUGUGUAUGAGAGCCGUAAACCAGUCGAUAGGCCGGGCCAUCCGCCACCAACAUGACUUUGCCAGCAUCGUGCUCUUGGACCAGCGCUACGCCCGCCCGGCCGUCCUGGCCAAGAUACCCGGCUGGAUCCGGGGCCGCGUGGAGGUCAAGGCCGCCUUCGGCCCGGCCUUCGCAGUGCUGCGCAAGUUCCACCGUGAGAAGAGGGCUGGCCCUUCCUGAUGGAGACCGACAGCUCCCCGCUCCGACCCCGCCAUGCCCAGUGGGAGGCAGGGCGAGUGGGGCCUCGGCCUCCUCAGACCAGCCCCCAACAGCGGGGGAGAGCAGAGGCAGGGGUGACAACUCAAGGAAAAAGAGGGACAAGGCCCCCUGCCCCUGUCUCCAUCAGCUGAAGUUGGGGAAUCCUACACUGCAUCCCUCACUUAUGUUUCUACCUCCUUGGCUGGCUCCAGCUGCAGCGAUGCUGAGAGCCAUGAGGCUUCUCUGAGCAGGGCCUCUUGAAGGGAACCCCCGCCAUCCUUUCAACACUCAGCCCCCCAACUCCUCCACCCCCGUACCCGCUCUCCCCCUCCUCCCGGCAGCGGGGUCCUGCCCACCGUGGCCCAGGCAUAGGAGGGACUUACUGUGAUGUCGGAGUCAGGCCCUGGACCCCCCUCAAUGAUGCCUGGUGAGGCAACACCAGGGGGACUGGGGGCAGCCAGGCCCCCCUCAAUAAAUAGGCAGCUGAUAACCGUGG